AUGCAUUGAAGAAAGGUCAUCAGCGCUUCGAAUCUGUGAACGACGAGCAGCGUAGCUGGGGUACGUUUUACCUCAAUCGACGCAUCUAUGUAUCGAUAGGUAUUAUUGUUAAUGUUAUAUUUAAAAAUGGCGCCGAGUAAGGACACCUGUAUUUUGUGCUACGGGCCUUUUUUUCGGCGAACAGCAAUUCUUUCACCGCGUUCAUUGCGAAAAACGUGCACACGCGAAGUGUACUGCGUGGCCGGACAGCGACCUCGAGUUACUGAAGUCGGGCGAGCAGGCAUUCACUUGUAACUUGUGCGGUUUCUGCGGUUAGGCUUAGCGGCGUCACACGUUAGCCUCCCCAUCGGUGGCCGCGUCUCCCUAUACGUGCCAGAUUCAUAGGCGGUCGUCGACCUGACCACGCUUCGCGGCCUUCUCCUUCAGGGGCUUGAGGGAAUAUCCUACCUCAGCGAUGCAGUAGCGCAGCUGCGGAAUGAUAACGCACGGUUGCACAGGGAACGCGCGCAGACAUCCGCACAGCGAGCCGAAGCUAUGGGCGCUCUCCGAGCCGAGGUGCGCGUUCUGCGAGACAAGCUUGCCAAAGAGUGCAAGCCGUCAUCGCCCACUUCUGCUGCUGCGCCACCGGCACACCCGUCCAAGGCAACGACGAAUGCUGUGCGGACGGCUUCGUCGUAUACUGCUGACCAUCUGCCGCGCUAACCUCCUGCAUGGGAUCGGCUUGCUUCGUCAAAGGCUCCCGCUGCUGACCAGUCGUUGUGCCUACUUUCUUCAGUGGACCUGUCACCUGAUAGUCAGUCAACGCUGAAGCGAAAGUCAACACAGUGCUGCCUGCUUUGACCCCGCUGCAGUAUGGUUGCUGCUUCUAGCUCUGGGCGCCCUCGGGCUAUCUUUGUGACAGAGCUUGCGCCUGACACCCAUCGCUGAGAGCUCGCCGCUCACCUAUCAGCAGUUAAUGCAAAGCCCCUGUCCUUCGCUCGACUAAAAGCCAAGUACGAUUUCUACGGGUCAUUUCAUGUGUCUGCUAAUGAGGACUGCUAUCAGCGUCUAAGGGAUCCUUCACUAUGGCCGCGCUCUUGCUUCUGCAAGCCUUUGAGAGUUGAACUUUACGAAACUAUGAUACUGAAAAAUGUUCAGCGAGAUGAAAGAAAGCCUCAGUGAUGUGAGAGUUUUCUAUGAGGAUGUUCGUGGAUUACGCACAAAGAUCGUACAGGAUAAAUUGGAGGGGAGUGAUAUCAGCAAGCAAUCGGCUGCCUCGUUCCGCGGUGGUCGCAAGAAGAAGAGCUAUGCCCUCGACGCCGACUUAAGCAGGCUCUCAAAAAGAAGCGUCGACUGCGAGAGCGCGGUCCGGGUGACGCACGUGCUGGAGCAGUCGCGCCGCACCCACAAGUCCCCGCGCGUCGGCUUCGUGCUGCUGCUGUUCUUCGCGCUGCUCUUCGUGGCGCUCUUCCUGCUCGCGCUGUUCGUGAAGAAGCGAGAAGGCCGCGAGCCGACGAGCACGUGCAGCAGUCGGGCGUGCUACCACCACGGCCAGCUGCUGCGCGACGCGCUCAACCUGUCCGCCGACCCAUGCGACGACUUCCACGCAUUCGUCUGCGGCUCCUGGGAGCGCCGGCUCAACGAAGGGCCCGCCAGCGCCGCGCCCGCGUACCAGGACCGCCUGAUGGUGGCAUUCGCAGAAAGGGCAAUCGACGAACUACAGUCGAACCUGGUCAAGCUCGAAGGACUCGCUGCAGAAGAUGCGAACCAAACUAUGCAUCUGGCCGCGCGAUUCUUCAGGAGCUGCGCCAGGUCCGAUGGCAGCGAAAGCGCCGACUCCGCGAGCUCCACCACCUCCAAGAAGAAGCUUCAGCUAUUCAGGCAGCUGCGCAUGAGGAUGCGACUUCCGUGGCCCGAACUCACGCCUUCCGCGACCAUCGAGCCGCUGGACGUCAUGCUCGACUUGGCCAUCAACUGGAACGAGAACUUCCUCUUCGACGCCCAGCUCGUGAACGUGAGUGGUCGGCCCGUAACGCUGUUUCUUAGUCGCGGGAAGCCUCUGAUCGGCUGGGUGCACUACGAAGAGCCCGCCAACUACGAGGGUCAUGUCCAAGACUACGUAGGGUACAUGGGUCUGAGCAAGGCUGCCGGUGGCAACGAAGCCCACCCACACGUCCUCAGGGAUCUGACUCGCGAUAUGCUCAAUGUCAAGAGAGAUGGUGCGAAGGGCGAGGCAAGCCAGACUUGGUUCCGGCUAGACCUGUUCGACAAUCCGACGCCGUGGGUUGACGCCGGCGUCUGGCUCAGCUUGCUCAACAAGCAUUUCUCUCCAGACCUGAGUUGGUCCUCCGACCAUUUGGUCGUGGUGGAAGACGCCGGGCUCGUUCAAGGCAUCCAAAAGCUGUUGAAGAAGUACACCAAGAGGCAGUUCUUGAUCGGCUUGUCGUGGCUGUUUGUACAGACGCACCUGUGGGCUAUCCUCGACCUUCCGCAACUGAGGUUCCACAGCGGCGCGAGCGACGACCUCACCUUGCUCGAGACGUUGAAGAACUACAGCUGCCUCGAGUACGUCCAGUCUCGGCUCGGAUCGCUGCUUCCUUUCGGCGAGACAAUCAACACCCUGCCGUCGAAUUCACCGGAAUUGUUCGAGGUAGUCGUCAAGUCGGCGACCUCGCUCCUCGACCAGCUUGCAUGGAUCGGGAACGCUCGACACGCCGCGCUGCAAAAGACCAAGUACAUGACGAGCAGUUCUCUCCCGCGGCCGGCCUUCUUCGACUUGGAGAGGCGCGAGCAGCUGUUCGACACGUUCCCGCGUAUGGGCGCCGACUUCGCCGCCAACUUCGUCGACGCCUCGCAAUGGUACCAGGCGACGCGCAAACAUCGGAACCGCCUGGGCUUGUACGGCCUACGCACAUCGUCUGGCUACACGCGCCCUUUCUACGUCUACGCGCUCAACAGCGUGCGCUUCCCGAUGACCAUGUUCCAGCCGCCACUCUACUACAAUUUGAGCGACAUGGUCGUGCUCAACGCCGGCGCGGGCGCCGUCCUGGCGCGCGAGGUUGCCCGCGCGUUCGACCCCAAGGGCGUCGCGCUGGACGAAGAAGGGCGCGGCGCGCUGUGGUGGGGGCCGAACCGGUCGCGCGACUACCGCGAUCGCCUCGCGUGCGACAUGAACGCCAGCGAGUGCUGCUCGUUCAUGCAGCUGUUUCCCUCGGUGCCGGGCCUCGAGAUUGCCUACCACGCGUUCGAGUUGUACGCCGAGCACGACCAGAGACUACCCGGUCUCGAGAAGUUCACCCACGACCAGCUGGUUUUCAUCAACUACUGCUACGUUCAGUGUGCCGGCAGCCGAGCCAACUACGGGGACAGUUGCAACGUGCCGCUCAGGAACUUUGCACCCUUCGGGAAGGCGUUCAAGUGCAGCGCCGGUUCGCGAAUGAGCCCGCGACGUAAGUGCGGCUUUUUUUCAGGACCAUAGCGUGCAUUUCUCGCUGUUGUUUUCUUUUUCACUGGUAUUCCUUUACUGCUGGAAAUGUUUUCCUGCUUUCUUUAUCUUUUUUCGCGUUUUGCUGCGGGCUUUCUAACCGUGUGCAUUUCGUUGUUUGAAUGUUUAGCUUUGAUAGAGUGUUCACCUCGGGCUUUUUUUUCUGUGAACUAUAGAACUUUGAAAGAUGAUGAUAUCGUUUUGUACGCUUCUGAACACCGUCAGGCGGGUGCCUUCUGCCGUUGAAAUGUGCAUCUCCUCUAACUUGUGUGAGCCUGUGUUUUGCUCGCUUUUUUUAGAGCGCGAAGUUUGGUCUAUGUUAUACGAACGCUAUGGAUAUUAUGCUUUCGGAAGUUUUCGUAUUUUUGGAUAGCAUACUUUAUAUUUGUCGUAUGAGCAGACUGUUCUUUCGGUUGUUGGGGAAACCAUUGUUAAGUUGGAGAUUAGGCUGGGAGUGCUUACUUAUGUUGCAAUCGCCAGCCAUGCAAAACUCGAACUAAGGACACAGAGGCAACCGUGAAGAUGCAGUGUUCUAUUUUUCUCUUCUUCUUAAUUUGUUCACGCAUUUGACAGCUUUAACGUUGCUGUAUUCGCACUACCACCAGUAGUCAAGGUGCACGAUAGUGAACACGUUCCAACAGCGAAUAGAAAAAGCACCGUGAAAAUUUAAAAAUGUAACAAAAGGCAUUGUUCUUUGCUAAACCAGAUAUUUGUAGGUAUUUCCUGAAGGCAUUUCUGUAAUGCUGUCAAAGAUUGGGGUAUCAUUGCUCGCACCCUCCGAACCGGAGAGGAUGUGGCGACAACAAACCCACCACGCGUGCAUUUAUGGAUGGCUCGACUGCUGACCGGCGAUAAGGUCCACGCCUGAUCGGCCGUGGACCAGAGGCGCGGGACGGGAGGCGACGUAAACACACAUGCUAACUUAAUAAAAUAACAUUAGGCCAGAGACAUGAUGAAAAAAAAUAAGCAAACUGCAAGCAGAUGGCGCAAAGCUUCGCGGAAGGCGUACGGGUAACACACAAUACACUCUGACGCGACGCGCGACACAAAGCCCACCACGCGGGAAUGUCUAACACUUGCGAAAUAAUCAAAAAUAUGAGGCGCAAAUGAAAAAUACACGCCACAUUAAACGCGGCAAACACUUCACUAACAGAAUAUACAAAAAUCAACAUGCGAUGAAUAUUUAAAUGAAAGAUGAAACGCGAUUGAAAAAGAGUCCGGCGGAAAGUUCUGAGAGCAGGUUGGAACACGAGGCUUGUCUGUGGAGUGCUCGCCGAGAUCCCGAUCUGAAAAAGCGUCGGGCUGCUGGUACCUCGCUGCUGAAAAUCCUGACGGGCUUGCACCGUCUGUCAAUCUACCAGUGAAGACUUCGGCCUGGGGGUUUCAGCCUGCCGACCACAUCUUCAGCCGUCUCUUGGCGCACAUGCAUGCUGCUCCGUCUCCCAAACCAUUCUCUCCGCUCGCCGAGGUCACCUCGUCCCUGGUCACGCUCUGCUGACCCACGUGACCAAACGCUCCAGGGAGGUCAGGAACAAUGGGGAGCUCUCCUCCCUAUGGCCGUGUAAGCUGCGCUGCGGCUGCGGUGGCAAUGGCGGCCAUCUCGAGAUAGACGCGGGCACGCACCUUGUGAUAAAUGUGGAGAGCGAAACUUGCAAGGUCUGAGAGAGCUAGUAGAAUUUUCCUUUUUAUUGCAUCGCAAGAAACUCUCCGCCUUAUCAGAAUUCCAUGGGCAUUAUAUUUGCAUCGUGGCGUUCGCCCAUGCGUCAGAGCCAUUUCAAAUGGCGUUGGUCGAAUGCAUUCAACUGACACACCUACAGGUAGCUGUAGUGACGAUCAGAAAAUGAGAGAAGAUUCGCUGGUUAUAAGAAGAAACGGUAUGCACCUGGGCUGCAAUGGGAACCGCCACUGUCCCUCAAAUUGAGACGUUAAGACCGGACUGACAUGUGUGAAAGUGACAGCAAGCUUAAUUCUAAGCUGUCGUGACACAAGGUCGUUUCCUCCCAGUGUUGCGUGCAAUCGCGUGCGCAUCGACGAGGAUAAAAGUGAGUAUUACCUGUAGUUGAAGUACUAACAGCCGCUCCAAAUAGCUGGGCAAUACAGCGAUGCUUCGGGGAAUGUUCCUUGACAUCACAGCUGUACAAGUACCGUUUAUUUGGCAUUACAUAAUGCCUCGAACGCGUGCCUUGUGUGUUGUGGCUUCAGCACAGCAAACGUGAGGGCAAAACUCAUUUUCUGGAUGCUCGAUUCACCCGAAGGCAUCAGCGACAAUAUGCUUCUUUGUUCCCAUUUGUCUAAAGGGAUACAAAAGCGGCACCAUUACCGCAAGUCAACGCAGACCGUCACGCGACAUACAGAGGCUUGAAAUAAUGGGUUCGAGCUUCGACGCUGCCGUUUGUUGAGGUAGACUGCGCGAGCCAAGAGAAGUUGGAUCCUGCGGUGUCUUGCGAAGCGCUUUCUGCUUGUCCGGUUCAGUUGUCCUUUUUCUAGAUAUCGACGGCUAUCGAGCAGUGCGUCGACGAUCUGAGUGAAGCAGAACGCCGGACGUUCCCCGUAGAUCUUGUGCCAACUUGUGGUGCCGGUGUUCUUGUGCGGACGCGUCUGCAACUCAACUGCGGACGUUCAGCGUGGUCAGCUUGAACAUCGUACGUACGACUGUUCAAACGAGGGAACACCUGCGCACCGCGAACGCGCUAGCAAGCGUCCCGGUUGCACAGCCGAGGCAUCGGGCUAUCAUGAACAAAGGCCAACUUGCGCUCUGCCUCCUCGUUGUUCUACUGGCGCUCGUGCUAACAGCAGCACAUCCCGCUGGUGGCCGAAACCAGGAGCCACAGUCAACGGCGAGGACCAACAAGCCGCGCGCCGGCGGUCCGGGAAUCAUGACCAACAACAACAGCGGUAACAACGGCAAUGGCAAAUGCAACCAGGACGACAAAGACAACGAUGAGAAGCAGCAGAAGACGAAGUAGGGAGCUCGGCACCCCCUGAUUUGUGGCCAAUUCCCCACUGUGGGUGUGUGCCAUGGCCAUUCAGGACAACAACAACAUCAACAACAACCCUCUAAUUUCUGGUUUUAAGCAAGUAACGAAAUGGUGUGUUUUUUGGCGCCCUAUUAGAUAUAAAUCUUCUUUGCCGGGCGGAUUUGUACAGGGGCCUGUAAUUUUUCUGCAAAUUCGACGAAGGUGAUUGUUAAAACCAAUCGCUUGCGCGGGUUAUUGUGCACAGGCUUGCGCUCACCUAAAGGCGAAUAAGUGCAAGAACCUAGCUUUACCUGUUAUUUCGGCGUCUGAGUCAACGCGUAAAGGCCAUAUCACGU